CAUACCCAACACAUUUUAGGCAUGAAUGAAUGAACCACUCCACCUGCUUCUAAUUGCUAUCUUAUAAUUUUCUCCUCCAUGCAUCCUUCAAGUUAACAUUUCUUAUCAUUUAAUUUUCAGCUUGAAUUCUGAGUUUUAAGGAAACUAAGAAACAUAGAGGUUGGCAAUGGUUUCUGCUUUUGAAGGAAGCUCGGUGGCAAAAGAUACUGGGAUUUUCUUCAAUAGGUUUUAAGAGAAGUCUUCAGAAAGAUUGUGAUGAGUGAUAAAGUUUUGGCUGCGGCAACAAAGGUUAUGUUAAUGACAAUUAUCCUAUCUGUGAUACUGUUGUUUGGGGGAAUUGUUGUCCUGGUCCUAAUACAUAUUUGUAUUGUUGGAAGGGUCUUUAGAAGAGGAUUCUCUAAUGGAACUAUGGUUGAGAGGGGCCGAACUGGAGGCACAAGCAUGUCUAGGGAUGACUUAGACAAGCUUCCUUGCUAUGACUACAUAGCCAAAGAAGAGAGAAGCAGCCCAGUGGAUUGCGCAGUUUGCUUGGAGAACUUCAAGAUGGGUGAUAAGUGUAGAUUGUUGCCCAUAUGCAGGCACAGUUUUCAUGCCCAGUGUGUGGAUGAAUGGCUUUUGAAGACACCCAUCUGCCCAAUUUGUCGAACCAGUGCUGAAUCUUGGAAGCGCGGUUCGGUUUCAGGGGAAGGGAGCAGCAAUUUCAGUGAUCUCAGCGUUGAGUUGAGAGGGAGCCAAACAACAGGAAGCAGCUACCUCAGUGAUAUUAGGAUUGAGUUGACAGAGAGCCCGAUAAUAGAAAGUAGCUGUGAGAGUGAUAUUGGGAUAGAGCUCAGAGAAAACCAGAUAGUGGGAAGCACCCAUUUGAAUGAUUCUGGAGUUGAAUCGGGAGAGAGCCAAGCAAAUACAGAUGGGAAUCAGCCGAGUUCUGACCCCUCUCCUUUGCAUCAGUAUGCUUCGCAGCCUGAUUGAUGUAUAAUAUUUUAUUAUUAUUAUUAUUCAAAUAUGGGAAAGGGGUUAUCGGGAAUCAAACAACCAUAAAAGGGCAAGCAUCUCAACAAUAUAUAGCCCAAAUGGAAAAGGCAGCAUAGACACAAGCACAAACAAUAGACAAUGAGUUCAUGUAUGAUUGCUUGUAUACUUUGACGGAUUCAUUUAUGAGUUAUGAUCAAGAUGUGUUACUUUCCCUUUUUGUUUUUAGAAAAUUUUUUUUUUUUGUUUGUAAAUAUGUUUUUAGAAUUUGAGUACACCUCUUUGCUUGUUUGGUA